AUGGUGAUAAUGGUUGUUAUGAUGGUAGUGAUGAUGCAUGGUGGUGAUGGGAAUGAUCAUGGUAGCAAUAAUGAUGGUGGUGAUAAUAAUCAUGGUGGUCAUGGUAACAAUUAUGGUGGUCAUGGUAACAAUUAUGGUGGUCAUGGUAACAAUUAUGGUGGUCAUGGUAACAAUUAUGGUGGUCAUGGUAACAAUGAUGGUGGUCAUGGUAACAAUGAUGGUGGUGAUGGUAACGGUGGUGGUCAUGGUAACAAUGAUGGUGGUCAUGGUAACAAUGAUGGUGGUCAUGGUAACAAUGAUGGUGGUGAUGGUAACAAUAAUGGUGGUCAUGGUAACAAUGAUGGUGGUCAUGGUAACAAUGAUGGUGGUCAUGGUAACAAUGAUGGUGGUCAUGGUAACAAUGAUGGUGGUCAUGGUAACAAUGAUGGUGGUCAUGGUAACAAUGAUGGUGGUCAUGGUAACAAUGAUGGUGGUGGUGGUGAUUAUGAUGGUGGGUGGUUGCAAUAA